CAAUUACCUCUUAAUAUAAAGCCGAGGAAAAAAGUUUAAAAAAUAAGGAGGCAAAAAAUGGAGGCACUGAUGGCAUCAUACGGCGGCGACACGUCAUCCGAUUCCGACUCCGAUGAAACCCUACCGGAAUCAACCUCCUCCGCUCCAGAGCCUUCCAAACCUCCUCGCCUUCCCCCACCUCCUGUUUCUCUCCUCAAAUCCCCCAAGUCUCUCGGAAUACUUAAUCAAUUGGAAACUGUUCAGGUCAGUCGAGUUCGAUCAUUUGCUCAUGUUGAUGGCAACUAUGCAUUGCAUGUUUACAUUCCUGUUCGCAUACCAUCUGGUUCCAAGGAGAAGUUGGCUCGGUUUAUAGAUAAGGUUUCUUCUCUUGUUCCGGGUCUUAAUGUUGUUGAUGCCGACGUCCCGCUUAAUAUUUUGCUAAAGAAUAAUGAGAAGUUGGAAGAAAUCGCGUUGGGGAGAGAAUUCCACAUAAGUUUGGGAAGAACUGUUGCGAUCCGAGUUCAUCAAAUAGAAUCAGUGCUCUCAAUGCUUCGUCAAAAGCCUCAACUUCGGAGGAGAGACAGGUAUUUGAUCAAUUUUGACAAGUGGGAAGUUUUUGUAAAUGAUGACCAUACACGCUCUUUCCUCUCAAUUGAGGUUUUGACAGGAGGCUUAGCUGAGAUAGCUAGGCAAAUACAAGCUGUUAACGAGGUCUAUAAGCUUCACAGUCUUCCUGAAUUUUACAAGGAUCCCCGUCCUCAUAUAUCUAUAGCUUGGGCAUUAGGUGACAUAAGCGAGUCACUGAAAAGAGUAGUUGAAGCGCAACAGAAGAGCUUCCUUUCUGUUGGAGAAUUAUCAAGGAAGCCCCUAUUUACUUGUAAUUUCGGUGAAAUUGAGUGUAAAAUAGGGAGUAAGACGUACAAAAUCUGAAUGGUCAAAUCCAAUGGUGGAUUUGGGAUUGCUGAGUGUCAGCUACUGCUUCAUUUGUUGAUACGUUAAAUGUAAUCUUAUUACUAUAUCUAAAUAAUCUAAUUGUAUGUUGCAAAUGUACAGAGUUCAACCUUUCUGAAGUCUAUCUGAUUUAUUGUGUUAUUAUUUCUAAUAAGAUAAAGAUCUCUUUUACUUUA